AUGUCUUCAUUCUUUGAUGUUGGCCGCUACAAAAUGUUUGACGUCAAGAAGAAGUUGGGCAUCCAAGAGAAGCGAGAUAUGGAUGAGCAAGGCUCCGGUGUCAGCCAGGAAGAAUCUUGGACCGAAUUGGCGCCUUCAAGGCAAUCUCUAGCUUCGUCGUUUGAUGGGGGUGAGAAGAUUGACAAGGACUCACGCUUGAGCCCGGCUUCCCUGCAAAGUCCGCAUAUCGAGUUUGAAUCGCUGGAAGCUGUGAAAUAUAAGCUUGUCCGUGAGAUGUUGCCUCCGGGAAAGAAUACGGAUUGGAUCUGGGACUGGAGCAGUCGUCAGGAAGCUGUCCCGCCAAAGUCAAUGAGAAUGAGGCAGUAUGGUAGUAAUCUAACUACACCACCGAAUUCGCCCGAACCCGAGCUGUUAAAUGCGUUUGCUUGUUGUGAUCGAGCAGACCAUGUCCCUGGCCUCAGCACAUUCAAUUUUGUCCUCGGAAUGCUAAUGAGCAACAUCGUCACUUUCGUCAUCGGAGCCGCUAUAGGGUUUGCUGUGUGCAAACGUCUCGCCAAAGGAAAGACCCUC